AUGGAGUUUUCGGCUCUGGCUCCCACGUACCGCCUGGGAGAGAAGACGGUCCGCGCCAUAGUUUACGACACGUGUGCCGCGAUCAUCGCCGCCGUCGGUCCGGAGGUGUUGGCCUCCCCUACUCGCCACACCUGGGAAAGGAGCGAGGCCCACUUCCGAGACCGGUGGAACUUCCCGAACUGUGUGGCCGCGCUGGACGGGAAGCAUGUUGUCCUGCAGGCGCCAGCCAACACCGGAAGUGAGUACUACAACUAUAAGCACACCUUCAGCACUGUUCUGGCCGCCGUGGACGGCGACUAUCGAUUCGUGUACGUGUCGCCGACGCCGGACACCAGCUACUGUGCGGUGCUGGGCUCGCCGGACCUGGUGGCCGGCGAUGGUGUGCGGAUGGGACCCGGCAACGCCGGACCUGGUGUGGCGAGGGCCGAGGCGCUCGCCGUGCUGGGCACCGACACAGGCCACAUCGGCAGUCCACUCACCGACACAGGCUACAGCGGCAGUCCACUCACCGACACAGGCCACAGCGGCAGUCCACUCACCGACACAGGCCACAGCGGCAGCCACAGCGGCAGUCCACUCACCGACACAGGCCACAGCGGCAGUCCACUCACCGACACAGGCCACAGCGGCAGUCCACUCACCGACACAGGCCACAGCGACAGUCCACUCACCGACACAGGCCACAGCGGCAGUCCACUCACCGACACAGGCCACAGCGGCAGUCCACUCACCGACACAGGCCACAGCGGCAGUCCACUCACCGACACAGGCCACAGCGGCAGUCCACUCACCGACACAGGCCACAGCGGCAGUCCACUCACCGACACAGGCCACAGCGGCAGUCCACUCACCGACACAGGCCACAGCGGCAGUCCACUCACCGACACAGGCCACAGCGGCAGUCCACUCACCGACACAGGCCACAGCGGCAGUCCACUCACCGACACAGGCCACAGCGGCAGUCCACUCACCGACACAAGCCACAGCGGCAGUCCGCUCACCGACACAGGCCACAGCGGCAGUCCACUCACCGACACAGGCCACAGCGGCAGUCCACUCACCGACACAGGCCACAGUGGCAGUCCACUCACCGACACAGGCUACAGCGGCAGUCCACUCACCGACACAGGCCACAGCGACAGUCCACUCACCGACACAGGCCACAGCGGCAGUCCACUCACCGACACAGGCUACAGCGGCAGUCCACUCACCGACACAGGCCACGGCGGCAGUCCACUCACCGACACAGGCCACAGCGGCAGUCCACUCACCGACACAGGCCACAGCGGCAGUCCAUUCUCCUUGGAAACGUCAGGCACCACGCUGGCACCCUCUGAGUGCUUCAUGUCGAUAGCAUACCUGGCUUUGUGA